UUUGGGUUCAAAGACGGUAUCUCUCAGCCUCUACUUAAGGGUCUCGACGAUGCACAAGCCAAGCUUCCCAAUAAACGACAUAUACUCACGGAUCCAGCAACUAUCAUCAUCACCGGAAAGGAUGAGCCCUCUUGGGCCACGGAUGGCAGUUACAUGGCUUUCAGAAUGUUGAAACAAUUUGUUCCGGAAUUCCGCAGCUUCGUGGAGACCAAAGCUCCCGGUUUGAAUUACACCCCAGCACAGCUACGUGCCCGCCUGGUCGGGCGCUGGGAGAGUGGUGUCCCGGUGCAGGUGUUUCCCAACGUCGACAAUCCUAAGGAGGCCGAGAAAAACGACUUUGAUUACACGGAGGACCUCCAAGACAAAAACUGCCCUUUUGCGGCCCAUAUCCGGAAGACGAAGCCUCGUGGGGACCUCGGCGACCGCACCGACCACGACAUCAUGCGUCGCGGCAUUCCGUAUGGGAAAGAAUUUUUCAGCGGCGAGGAGAAGAUGCCCGAAGACCGUGGCCUCCUGUUCGUCUGCUACCAGAGCAGCCUCGCGAAGGGGUUCCAGUUCAUAACUAAGAAUUGGAUCAAUAAUAACAGGUUCCCACCGAAAGCUACCAGUGUGAAAGUCACUCCCGGAAUCGACCCCAUCAUGGGUUCCAGUCGCAUGAAUAAAAUGAGCAUUGUCGACGGCAAAGGCGCGAGGAAGUCGAUCGACUUCGACUCUUUCGUGCAAUCCAAAGGAGGCGAAUACUUCUUCAUGCCGUCCUUAUCCCUUCUGCGGGAAAUGGCAACCAUGUAG